UUGAUUAUUUGAAAUCUGGCUUCAUUCCAUCAUUGCCGGACAAACAAUCGCCUAUGUGCCUUCUAUGCAACAAAGUUUUGGGCAAUGACGCUAUGAAACCAUCUAAGCUGCAAGAUCAUCUGAGAAGAUGCCACCCUGAUAAAACAGAGAAAGAUUUGAAAUACUUUCAAACACUCACAGAUAAAUUUCAGAAGAGACCUACACUGGACAGAAUGUUCGCUUCGACGUCACAAAGAAAUGAUGAUGGUUUGCGGGCGUCUUACGAUAUCUCGUUACUUAUAGCAAAAUCCGGAAAACCGCAUACUAUCGGAGAGAAGUUAAUUUUGCCAGCCGUUGAAUAG